CAAAGAAAUUUUUUGUUUUACUAACUUUGCACUUCAUCAACAUUGAUGUAAACAAAUACUGUCCGUAUGAUUUUUCUUUAACAACACAUACGAGUCUGUCAGCUACAUGUUCGACUGACUUCAUUGUGUUUGUGCUUCUGAUAUUGUUGCACCCGGAGCUAGCCACUAAAAGAAGAAAAAGAGAAUUUUGUUGAAAUAAUGGAUAUGAUUGCUUUGUCGGAGGAUAAAUUUAAUCCUGUGCAAUGGAUUAAUGAAAAUUUCCAAAAAUAUGUGGAAGAAAAUAAGGUUUUAAGUAAAGAGGAUCAAAAAAAAUCUUUGAUCGACCAUGAAAGAGCCAUCGAUUUUAUUAACAACUACGUUUCCAAAUUGCAAUUAUACGUGCAACAAGUAAACUAUGCUUUAGAGGAAAGUAGCCACCGAUUAGUUUCCACUAUGCCACGUAUUGUGGAAGAGGCCAGGUCAUUGAAAGCGGGUGUUCAGCGUUUACAGCAACGCAUGCUUUUAAUGCAUCAAGAGGUAGCCGCUGUUCAGAAGGAGACGGGUGAAUGUAUGACUACUUUGGACCAUUUGAAUUCUAUGCAAAUCAAGGUUCAAAAUGCGAAGGAGUCAUUACAAGAAUCUGACGGUUGGGGUAAUUUAAUAGCCAGCCUCGAAGAUGGUUUUGAGCGUAACGACGUAAAGGGGAUUUGCGAUAAAAUAGUGGCUUUGCAGAAGAGUUUGCUAGCUCAAGAACAAUUGCCAGGUCAUAGCGAACGUCAAUCUCAAGUCGAGGAUUUCAAAAAUCGUUUAGAAGCCUUAGCUUCUCCCAAAGUUGUGCAGUGUUUUGCCGAGGGUAACGUGAAGCAAGCUCAACAUUAUGUUACUAUAUUUGAUGCUAUUCAUAGAAAAUCUCAGCUUGUUCAGUAUUAUCGAGCUGUGCAGAAGACCGCUCUGCAACAGCAAUGGAAGCAGACUUUGGAAUUGCAGGCUACUGAAUCUAUCACACAACAACAGCAGUUUCUUGCUUUAUUUUACGAUCAUUUGAUGGAGAACUUUCAAGCACAAGUAAAAUGGUGCUUUCAAGUUUUCGAAGAUCAAGAAGCUCAGAAGCAGCCUUUUCUUGUGUUAGUAGAACUUUUACCUGCUCUGCAACCAACCAGAUAUAAUCAUAUUCUACAACUACUCAGAUCAUGCAAUGAACGCCUAGAGUUGUUACAACGUUACGCUCAAGAUAACCAUACAUUUGUAAUGCAAUUAAAUGCCUAUCUAAACCAAGCAUGCAUACAACUGAAAAAAGAAUUAAGACAGAAUUUGGGACAGGCAAUCUAUGAAUAUUUUUACAAAUUUAUAGAGCAAUAUCCGCGCCUCGAGGAGACGCUGUUAUCAAGGCAAAUUGAUCGUACUUUAAUAACACAAGCACAAACGCACAUCAGCGAUGCGGUGCGUCAUUUAAAGGAUGCGAUUAAUAAGACGUUUGAUUGGCUGACGGAGGCUUUAGUUAGAUGUUCAAAUAUAAGUGGAGAUUUGGCAUUGUGUAAGCUUAUUAAUUUGUUUGCUGGAAUAUUUAAGCGUAUAUUAGACCAAUUUGCCAAGAUACAACGUCAACUAACACUUCAUGCUGGAGCAAAUUCGGAGUGUAGUUGGUCAUUAUUACAGUACACAUUAGGUCUGCUGGAAUGUUUAGCCGAUUUUCAGCAAAGAUUGCAAAAUUUUGAAAAAGUUCUACAUGAACGUUUAAAUGUUUUGGAGCAAAACCUUCGACAUUCACAGCAAACUUCAAUAAAUUUUUAUCAGACAUUUGAAAGUGUGGAGCAGCAAAGACUUUUGGCUAGUAUAAAUGAAUUUCAACAGAAACGUUUGGAACCAAGCCAAGAUAAUCAAAUUAUAUAUUUGGGUAUUUUCAACAACAUUUAUGAUUCUUUUAAACUUUACUUUAAAGAAAUUCAUGACGUUACUUUAAAUAUCCUCUUGCAUCCACUGGAAACGCAUUUAUGCUGCAUACAGCCACCCACAGAUUUAAAUCAAAGCCAUGUAGAAGACAUGCCGGCUUUUAGUUUUGCGCCUCAGGAAUCAAUAACACAAAUUGGUCAAUAUUUAUUGACUUUGCCUCAACACUUAGAACCACUUCUUUUAGCUCCCUCUCCUAUUCUAAAACAAGCUUUAGAAAUGUGUAAUAUCAACUACAGCCAACCUAUUCCCAGUGCCGACAUUUUGUUAAGUUUGGUCGUCACACAAUGUUCCGUCUUAUACCAAACACAAAUAUUGCAAAUAAAAAACUUAAAUACUGCGAUGGCACGGCAGUUGACAGUUGAUAUUGAAUAUUUCAGGAGUGUGGUAGAAGAGCUUGGGCUUACUCUUAGUAUAACGUUAAAUCAAAUUCAUACGUUGCUUAAGGCAGAACCAGAAAAUUAUCUCGCAUUAAGUGCAGGAUGCGAACCGCGCUUAGUGACGGCUAUACGUCAGAUGCGCAAUAUUAUAUCAAAGCAAUGAAACUAUCAAGCAAGAUGAUCUCCCAACAUAUAACCGUUUUUCCAGAU